GUCGGAGCUGCGUGCGGGAAGCUGCAUACCGUCGCACUGACGGAGGAGGGGAGAGUCUACUCGUGGGGAUGUGCUAAUGGCGCCCUUGGCCAUGGCAACUCCAAGUCCCAGCUGCUCCCCAAGGCACUCGACCGCCCCCUUAUCUACUCGAUGCCCUCCAUCACCACCAUCGCAUGCGGUGAGUUCCACACGCUGGCGGUGGGGCAGGAUGGGACGCUGUGGACGUGGGGCAGGAACCAGUACGGGCAGCUGGGGCAUGGAGACUGCAAGACGCACAAGCUGCCAAGGAGGGUGGAGGCUCUAGAGAAGAAGAUCUGCAUCAAGGCGGCAGCUGGAGGGCAGCACUCGCUCGUGCUGACCGAGGCCAACAAGGUCUACGCCUUCGGCAGCAACGUCUUCGGUCAGCUGGGUUUGGAGUCCAAGGUGAAGUACUCGGCGGCCCCCGACAUCGUGUCGAGGCUGAGGAGGAGCGGAGUGUGCCACAUCACGUGCGGGUACAGCCACAGCAUGGCACUGCUCAAGUCAGAGCAGCUCUACUCCUGGGGUAGGAACGACUGCGGCCAGCUCGGGCUCGGGCACUACAGGAGCUCGCCGGUGCCGGAGCACCUGACCAUGUUCAAGAAGUCUCAAGUCCAGCAGAUCUCGUGCGGGUACGACCACAACAUCGCCUUCGUGUCCGAGUACGCCGGCCCUGGGGUGCCUCCUCUGGAGAAGGUCUACACGUGGGGAAGAGGAGAGGAAGGCCAGCUGGGGCACGACGAGCUCUACUCUCGAUGCGUCCCCAAGGUAGUGCAGACGCUGCUGGCGCGCGGGAUCAGAGCGGUGGCAGCUGGAGGAUUCAGCUCGGCUGCCAUCGACGAGGCCAAGCAGCUCUACACCUGGGGCUGCUCGAGAGAGGGUCAGCUGGGUCAUGGCGACGACAUU